CAGGUAUGUUGCAAAAGUCACCGUAGCCACAGAGAGCAAGGAAGCACGUAGGCGAUUGCCACUGCUGGAAAUAUUCAACUGAAACGAGGACAUUAGUUUGUUUUAGUCUAAAUACCACCGAUUCUUUUUUUCAUCGCAGAUUAAGAGAAGAAGAAGAACUGCAAUAAGAACGAGAAGAGAGAUAUAAACAGAAGAAGACAACAAAGAAGAAGAAAAAAAAGAAACAGAAACAGAAGUGAAGAAAUAAAAACAAGAAAAGAGAAAACGUCAAAGCAAGAAUAAGCAAAGAACAGCCAAGAAAAGAAACGAAGAAAAAAACAAAAAACAAAAAGAAAAUAGAAGAAAAAAGAAAAAGAAAAAAACGGAAACAAACAGCCUUUUCUCCACCUCCUUUUAGAAAUGGCCGAACGCAGUCUCGUCAACGGCUUGAACGGCGAAGCAAAACGCAAGAGGAGAGCUUGCGCGGAGCCCCAGAACGGAACCCCCGAAGAAGGCUGGAUGCUGCAGAAGGUGCUGGACCUGGUGGAGCGCGAGCAUCUCAUCUCGUGCCCGGUCGAGGCCAAGAUCGUCGAGUUCAAGCAUCCGAAGGAAUUGGAGGCGCUGCUCCAACUCGACAUCAGCAAGCAAGGCAUGGACCACACACAAGUAGAAGCCUUUAUGGAGAAGGUAGUGCGGUACAGCGUGAGAACACAGCACCCCCAUUUCUAUAAUCAGUUCUACGGCAGCAUCGACGAGGUGGCACUGACAGGGGCCUGGCUCACGGAGGCACUCAACACGAAUCAAGUUACCUAUGAAGUAUCUCCUGUGUUCAUCCUCAUGGAGCGCUUCAUCCUCGCCAAGUUGGGAUCAAUGUUCGGCUUCGAAAAGGCGGAUGGCAUCUUCGCUCCGGGUGGCAGCAUAAGCAACUUACACGCCAUGCUGUUAGCGAGGUACAAACUUCACCCUGAGAUCAAGCAGUCCGGGAUAUUUACCCUGAAGCCUCUCGUCGCCUUCACUUCAGACCAGAGUCACUAUUCGAUCAAGAAAGCCGCCGUCACCAUGGGCUUAGGCCUAGAUAACGUCGUCCAGGUCAAGACAGAUUCCUUAGGCCGCAUGAUACCGCAGGAGCUGAAGAAGGCCGUGAAGCGAGCGCGAGACGAGGGCAAGGAACCCUUCUUCGUCUGCGCCACCAGCGGGAGCACGGUCCUUGGGGCUUACGAUCCGCUGAAGGAACUCGCCGACGUCUGCGGUCAAGAGGGACUCUGGCUGCACGCUGAUGCGUGUGUCGGAGGUUCUGCUAUAUUUUCGGAAAAACUGAAACAUUAUCUCGAUGGAAUCCAUAGGGCCGACUCGAUCGCGUGGAAUCCACACAAGAUGCUAUGUGUUCCUCUGCAGUGUUCUGUGUUCCUCACUCGCCACCAGGGUCUCCUCGACGCCUGCCACUCCACGCGGGCGUCAUACCUCUUCCAGCAAGACAAGUUCUACGACGUGGGCUACGACGUGGGCGACAAGAGCUUCCAGUGCGGCAGAAAAGUGGAUGUGUUCAAGCUGUACUUCAUCCUCAGUGUCCACGGCUUGGAUGAGAUCGCGAGGAGGAUUGAGGCCGCCUUCGAUGCCGCUUCGUACCUCAGUGAGCAGGUCGCCCUCCGGCCCAGUUUCCGCCAGGUGAUCCCGGCCGCUCAGUGCGCCAACACCUGCUUCUGGUUCGUGCCGGAGAGCCUGAGGGGACAGGAAGAGACGCCCGAGUGGUGGCAGAGGCUGGGGAAGGUGGCGCCACGUGUCAAGACGCGAAUGGUCCAAUCAGGCACUCUCAUGGUCGGAUAUCAACCAAUAGAGAACAAGAACCUCGUGAAUUUUUUCCGCAUGACCAACACCUGCGUGCCUGUUCCCACGUCGGCUGACAUGGAUUUCGUUCUGGAUGAGAUUGAACGGUUAGGAAAAGAUUUGUAGAGUGACAGAUGAUUCGACUUUUAGGACUGUUAUGAAAUUGUAUCUGUUGUCUCGUAAUGUACACACACUCACACACACACACACACACACACAC